AUGGAGCAUAGAAGGAAGAUGAGAGGAGAGAGAAGGGCGGUGCGGGCGACAGCCUCCGCCGGCUGGAGGAUGCGGUGCACCAACCCCGACUGCUCAAGCACGCCGCGCGACGGAGACCGCUUCUGUAGUCAGUGUGGCCGGAGUCUUGGGGAUGUGAGCAAAUCGCCCGCUCCUGCUGCUGCUGCUACCGGUCCUGGUGCUGCUCCUGCUGCGACUGCUGCUGCUGCCGCUGCUCCUGUUCCUGCUGCUGCUGCUGCUGCAGCUCCUGCUGCAGCUCCUGCUGCAGCUCCUGCAGCCGCCGAGCGGUCGGAUGUGGCAGCAACAAGGUCUGACCAGCCUGGUCACGAGGCAGCAGCUCAUGAAGGUCGUGGCCCCUCCUCCUCGACGGACGUUGGGACUCCUCGAACGGACGAAGGCGGAACGUCCUUUGCCGGUGACGAUGGGCGGCCGGGGGAAGACGCGCCUGCGCCCGGCGUCAACCCGCCUGCUCCGGGAGACUCGCCGACGUGCGCAGGAGGUCGCACGACUUCCCAAGGCCCCUGGGAAGUUGGCGCCGAGGGUUCCCGUCCGGAGGAAUCGUCGCCGUCCCGUGACGGCCGGCCCGGAGACCCUCUGGGUUCGGCGGGCGACGAAUGUGGGGCCGAGCGAGGGGACCUGUCGGCGGCGCGUGGGGCGGACGAGCGGGCCGGUCCGGCAAGCUCACCAGCGGCGUUCGGCGGUGAGCGACGGUGUUCAGCCGGUGAAGCAACUGCCGAAGAGAAGCGACCGCCUUCGGAGACCGCAGAAUCACACGAAGACAACAAGACCACACCGUCACGUACUGACGAUGUCACACACCCUGAGGCCACACCGUCAUGUACUGAUGAUGUCACACACCCUGAGGCCACACCGUCACAUGCUGACGAUGUCGCACACCCUGAGGCCACACCGUCACGUACAGACGUCACGCACCCUGAGGCCACACCGUCAGCUACAGAUGUCACACACCCCGAGGCCACACCGUCACGUACAGACGUCACACACCCUGAGGCCACACCAUCACGUACAGACAUCACACACCCUGAGACCACACCGUCACGUACAGACAUCACAUACCCUGAGACCACACCGUCACGUACAGACGUCAGACACCCUGAGGCGACACCGUCACGUACAGACAUCGUCACACACCCCGAGGCCACACCGUCACGUACUGACGUCACACACCCUGAGGCCACACCGUCAGCUACAGACGAUGUCACACACCAUGAAGACAGGGCCACGUGCUCUGCGGAAUCAUCGGCACGUGGAGACUCCACGCCUGGCCACGACUCUCAAGGUGGCCGGGCCCCGGUAGCUGACGGAGGCGGACGCACAGAGCGCCUGACACCGCUGAGUUCGAGCUCUGGGCCCAGUGGGACAGUUCCACAGGAGAGAGACAACGUGGAUCUUUGGCGGCAAGGCGAGCAGGAGGGCCGCCCCAAGAUGAGUCUUCACUUCCACGCUGUGCUCUCGAAGGAUUUUCAUUUCGACCCGAGCCGCAACCGCCUGGAGCUGCGAUCGCAGGACCUGGCAGGGAAUUGGAUGACUUCCGCUGGCCGCCUGGACUUGAAGAGAGAUCUCGGGGAGAGUGGAUUGCUGAUGGAGGGGUGCUGCGAUGUGAGCAUGGAGACCUUGCGGAGCGGGAAGAAUGUCGCCUACAAAUACGUGGUGGUGAAGGAGUCUAAGAUCAAGUACGAGUGCAUCUACAAGCACGACAAGCCCAAGGACGUGCAUCUCAACCGCUCCAUGUUUGUUCCCCCCGAGUACUGCACCAAAGACGGCUCGUGGCAUCAGUACGACGACGUCAUCUGCGCGCCGCCGCCCGGCAGCUUGGUCGCGUUCUUCAAGGACAAGUUCAAUCUGAACAAGGACGUGCAGAACGGCAAGAGGCUGGCCGGCCGAGUGCACCUGGAGGAGAUCUGUGGGAACCUUCGCGCCUGCACCCCGGACAAUCUGGAGAGUUUCUUCAACCAUUUGUGGCAGUUCACCCAUUGCUUUGGUAACCCCUGGAUCCAUGAAGGGCGUCACAAGCGCUGGGUGGAUCUGGAGUUUGGCAAAGCACAGGUGAACGAGAUGUUGUCGGAUCUCAUCGUGAAGAUCGUCAAGAGCCACACCGACCGUGACUCGGCCGCCAGCGUCCUGCCUCUCUCCGCGGCGGACUCGGCGAUGAUCGCCGCCCGACUGCUGCACGAUCACGAGAUCGGCCUUCCCGCCGCCCAACUGCAGGCCAUCUGCCAGAUGCUGUCUCUGCCCGCCAGCCAGAACGAGAGCGCCAUCAGAGACCGCUGCCAGGCCCUCUCCCUGAACAGCUGGCUGGUGCCAUCACUCACGGCCCUCUGCUCCAGCUGUGCCAAGGCCGGCCUCCCCGAUUGGCUGCUGGCCGUGCCGCUGCUGCACUUUGUGAGCGGCAGGGCGGCGCCCUUCACACCCGGCGUCGAGGGUCUCGACGCGGAGGGGACGUGGGCCGGCCUGCAGGGCGUCGCGUACGGCGACAUGCGCAGACUCGUCUACGGAAACAGGGACACCAAGAGACGCCUGAUCGAGCUGCUCGUGGAGUUCAAGCAUCUUCUCGACAUGGACCGGCUCCUCCCGCGCGCCACGCUCGGCUGCCUCUUCCCCUCCAACGUCCCCGAAUUGCUCGAGUUGCUGCCGCUGCCCCCGCUGGACGUCGUGCGCUACGUCUGCUUCCGUCUACGGGCGCUGACACAGCAGCAGCACCAGCGGCAGCAGCAGCAGAAGAAGACCGAGAGCCAGGCUCUGCAGAAGGUUUUAGAAAUCGUGACGAACAAGGUGGGGGGCGUUGACCGAGGGAGCGACCCGGCUGGUGGCGCCGACGCCGUCCCACCGGAGAUGGCGCUGCGCAUCGUGGAGCUGAGCUGCGAAGUCGCCGGUUCCCCCGGCCCCGCCGAGGAGCUCCACCGGCUGCUGCUGAAGGCGCUGCUCUUUGCCGGCGCCGUGCUGCGCUUGAGCGGCCCCCCGGCCCCCCGCGGCUCCCACACGCAGAGGCCCACGGGACUCUCGGAGGAGGGCGGCAAGGCGGCCAUGUUGCCGGCCUCCUCAUGCGAGGAUGUUCUGCGGAGGGCAGUGUCGUGCAUUGUGGGAAUCUUCCCCCCACGUCUCCUGGAUUCCAGCGCCAUUAACCUGAAGUUCGAAGACACGUUGGAGUUCGAGACCUGGAGCAAGUACCUGGGGGUGUCUUUCGGAGACGCGAAGCGCGAUGCGCUGUGGACCGCCUGGCUCUUGCAGGCCGUCCGUGAGCGCAUGGCCCGGGAGACGCCCCAGCGGCAGGUGGAGGUGUACUGCCACGCAGGCACCAGGUCGGCGGCCCUGCACCCCGCCCUGUGCAGCUGCCUCGAGACCACGGCGCUGGACGUCAUUCACAUCAUCUGCCAGAACAAGCGGGAGGGGGAUCUGGUGCGGCAGCUGCCGGAGCACGACCUCCGCGCGUUCGGCAAGGUGCUGUCGCGCGUCGUGGAGCAGGCGUGGCCGCGGCGGGGCGGGCGGCACGUCGAGGAGAUGGAGGAAGUCGUGAGGCACCUCCUCACCUGGGACGCCGCGCCCAACGUCCUCAAGAUGCACGGCACGAGCCAGAUGCUCAUGGAGAGCCUGGGAGAGGCUGCGAGGAUUUUGGUGGCGUCGGGGUUGUCGUCGCUGCAGCUGCUGCUGCACUCCGUGCUGGACGGCUCUGUGAAGCUGGGGCUGCUGCGCAUCGUGCUGGAGCGGCGCGUUGCCUUCUGCAGGGUGCAGGGGUCGUUGGACGGUAGCCCCGGGCUCAGCACCUUGGAGGCGGUGCUGGACGCGAGGCAGCGGGCGGUGAAGGCGGUGGACGAGGAGGCUCGCAGCGUGCAGGCCUUGCUCAACUUGUGUCGCACGGUCCAGGAGUUCCUCACAGUGGACGUGGAGCCGUUGGAACGCCAGUGUCGGUCCGACCGCAGCGACUGCCGCCUGGACGCCGUCGUGCGUGUCGACCCGGGGCGGCUCGACGCGGAGGCCCUCGCCCGCACGCCGCAGGUCACCGGCUUCGGCCUGACGGUCGAGCUGCGCGUGAUGGCGCGCCAGUUCUCCCGGCUGGAGAGCAGCUGGCUCUUCGACAGCCUCUGGAAGGACUGCGCCCGUGCGGCGUCGUCGGCGGCGGCGGCGCCCGUGCCCCUGGAGCGCCUGCGCGUCGCGACGUGGGCGCCCUGCGUGCAGCGCCUGCGCUCGCUGCUGGGCGCCGUGCGCACCGGCGCCGUCCCGCUGGACGACGCGCGCCGGCUGUUCGCGCCCGCGUUCGCCGGGAGCGCGGCGCGGGCCCCCGCCGUGGCCAACCUUGAGAAGGAGCUGCGGCUGCUGCUGGCGGCGGUGGGCGACGGCGUCACCGCGGCGCGGGAGACGUCGUGGGUGGAGGAGCGAGCGGAGCAGAUCGCGGACUUCCGCGAGCUGGGCCUGGCCACGGAGGCAGCCGGCGCGGUGAAGCGAGCGAAGGACGCUCUGGGCCUCACCGGGGAUUUCUCGGUUCUGGACUCGCUCACCGACCUGGAUGAGAGUUUGAAGGAGAAGCAGUUGAAGUGCAUCACCAGGGCUCUGGUCAAUGCCAAGAAUAUCCUGGCCGGGAUCGACAAGAGAGGCAUCGACUGCCUGGACGUGCUCGCGCGCAGCCGGGACUUCAUCAGAUGGGUCCGCGAGUCCGUCGGGAAGCUGAGCGAGCUGAAGGUGUUUGUGGACCUGGCGUCCAUCUCGGCGGGGGAGAACGACGCCGACGUUGACCGCGUCGCCUUCUUCCACGACGCCGUGCAGGGCUUCUCCUCGCUGCUGUACGAGCUGCCGCCCUCCGCCAACUUCGCCGACUUCCACCAGGCGCUCGGCAAGCUGUGGAAGGCGCUGGAGAGGGACCGCAACCUGCUCAAGAAACUGGAAGACUCGGCGCGCCACCUCUCGUGGUUGCGCACGGUGCACGAGAGCCACGGCUCGGUGGAGAAGUCCUCGCUGUCCCUCGCCACGGCCGUCAACGCCUGCGGCGUCUACCAGGUCGGCGCCGUCUUCCCCACGGGCAGCAAGCCCACGAUGGACUCGGUGCUGAAGCUCGUGGUGCCGGAGGCGGCGGCCGGAGGCGGCGGGGACCUUAGGGAGCAGCGCGUCUACAGCCUCGGCGAGGUCAAGGAGCUGCAGAGCAAGCUCAUGCUCAUAGCCGGGCAGCGGGAGCAGGGCAAGGAGGAGAUCGAGCGCUUCACCGAGGUCUUCGGCAACGUGUUGCGGCUCGCCGAGCUCUACCUGCAGCUGCACUGGGCCGGCAGUGUCCUCUUCCGCCGCUGGACGGCGCAGGUGUUCUGCGACCCGGGCAGCACGGUGUGCGCCAUCGUCGACUUCGGCCUGCGCGGCGUCCCCCACCUGCACGCGAUGGGCGGCGCGGGCGACGAGCUGCGGCCGCUGUGCCGCGCCAUGGACCGCUGCCUGGCCGAGUGGAAGGCCUACGUGGAGGACAAGCGGCGCGACUUCUACCACCUCAACCUCUACACGGCCGAGCAGCUGGUGCUGCUGCGCUCCGAGCUGGGCGCGCUGGCGCGGCGGACUGGCCGGGCGCCGGGGGCCGUGGCAGGGCGGGCGCGUCGCCGGCGUGGCGGCCCUCACGCUGCUGUCCUUCAUCAAGGAGGACUGCACGGCCGAGCACGUCGUCGCGCUCUCCCUCGAAUCGGAACGGGCGGCGCCGUCGGCGAGAGUCGGGGCCGUGGCCGGCGGCGAUCCGUCGCGCUCCCCUUCGUCGCCCGCCCCGCUCUCCUCAUCCUCCUCCUCGUCGUCGUCGUCGACGUCCUCCCGAGCGAGCCGGCUGAUGGGCGCCGUCAAGGCCCUCGUGGACCAAGGACGUGGGAGGAGGCGGCGGCGAAGGCGGCGGUGCAGGAGCUGGGGCCCGCGUCCGAGCGCGACCUCAUCGCCUGGGUCUUCGGCAAACCUGCAGCGCCGCGCAGCAUUGCGCGCUCAGCCGGGCGUUCGACGGCGCCGGUCGCGGCGGCGAAGAGGCGGACCGCGAAGCCCGCGGCCAGCCCGCCUCCGGCCUCCCCUGCCCUCCUCCUUCGUCCGGCGACGACGACGACGCCGACGGACGGCGGGCGGGCGUGGGCGACCGCCUUCUCCGGCUGUGGCGGCGCUUCGCGCGGAGCGGCGCCGGCGGGCACCUCGGCGUGGGGGAGCUGGGGCGGGCGCUGGGCGCGACUCGCCGCCGGCGGCGCCCGGGAGCAUCGCUACGACCGCCUCCUCCUUCGGCCGCUUCCGCGUCGGCGCCCUUCCGCUGGCGCCCGCGACGAGCUGCGCCGGUACCUGCGGCGCCACUUCACGGCGCCCCGGAACGAGCGCUCGCCCGCCCGCGUCUUCUCGGACCCCGUGAGCGUGCGGCUCGUCACAUCCCGGCGCGCCGGAGUCGGGAAGUCGCUGUACGUGCAGCGGCUGCACGAGUCGGUGUCGCGGACGUGCCCGGGCGGGCGCUGCACCCUGCGCACGCUGCGCCUCAUCGCCAGCGCCGUGGACGAGAGCUCCGUGCUCGCCUCCAUCGUCGACCUGCAGGAGGCCCCGGGGAAGGCCACGCCGUGCCUCUUCCACAUCGACGUCACGGCCGCCCUGCCACAGUCCUAA